CCGAGUAGAGGCGGAGGAGGAAUGCAAAGCGCCAUCCAGUGCUGGGGGAACCGGAGCAUUUGCGCAGAUCGUCUGCGCUGCCUCCGACAGACACGCAGCAUUUGAGCCGGGGAAGUUAGUUGUGUUUUUUUAGUCCCGCUGCCGAGCAAUCCGCCUGCAAAGUGUCUGCAAGGAGCAACCAACCGCUGCUUACCGGACUUGUGUCAGCAGCACCAGGGAUUGAACCAUGGUGAUCAAAGUGUACAUAGCUUCGUCCUCCGGAUCCACUUCGAUUAAAAAGCAGCAGCAGGAUGUGAUGGGCUUCCUGGCGGCCAAUAAGAUUGAAUAUGAGGAGCGUGACAUCGCAGCCAACGAGGACAACAGGAAGUGGAUGAGAGAGAAUGUUCCAGAGGAGUCCAGGCCGGCCACGGGGAACCCUCUCCCCCCACAGAUAUUCAACGAAAGCAAAUAUUGCGGGAACUAUGAGGCCUUCUUCGAUGCCAGAGAGGACAACGCAGUGUAUGCAUUUCUGGGUUUGACUGCUCCCCCGGGCUCGAAGGAAGCCGAGGCUCUAGCGAAGAAAGCACAGCAGUAGCAUCUUAACACCGUUUCUACCUGAGACCUAGAUCUAUCUAUCCAGAUCUGGACCCGGACGGACCUGGAACUAAGACAGGAUAUAUAUAUAUAUAUAUAUAUAUAUAUAUAUAUAUAUAUAUAUAUAUAUAUAUAUAAAAAGAAGCAACAUUUCACUUGGCUAUUAAAUAUGUGGAUUGUUUUGAGUAUGUUUUUUUUCUAUUAUUCUAUGUUCAGCUGUGCCUUGUCAGCUGUAGUGAAAGGAGGUGCUAAAGCAGAGCAUUAUGGGUAUCUACAAACCGCUCUGCCUCCUCCCAUUAACCUCAGCCUGCUAAGCCUAUUGGCUUAAUGACAUGUCAAUCAACCAUUAGCGUGAACGUGUAGCUUCCUUUUUUUUUUUAAUUGAGAACACAUCAUCAGACCCAACAAAAUGUAAGCACUUUGAAAAAUUGUAACACAGAUUCGUCGUUUGGCCAACAGAAACUCAUUUCACUCGACAGGUUUAUUAGAAUCCUGCAAACAUGUUGUGCUCCUGCCAAUCACGUCAUGGCCAAACCUGCAGCACCUUCUCUAAAAGUAAUCCAUUACAAUCCUGUUCUCCAUGUUCUUAUAUAUUGUCUUAAUGCUGUGUUAAUAGUUUGACAAACUUUUUUCUACGAGAUGAUACAUGUUUAAAAUGAUAACACAUGCCAAAAUUAGAAGUCUGCAAACAUAGAGGGAUGUAAAAUUGAGUAUUUUUUUUUAUUUGCUGUUUUUGUUUAUAGGGCAGUUGGAUCGCUGUUUGGUUUCGCUAUAAGCAUCCUGUUUCACAAUGUAAUGUUGGUAAUCCCCGUCUUACAUCAAAAAUAAAAAUAAAACUGCAAAUAAAACUGCAAGCCUGAUUCUCA